AUUAAAAAUCGCAGAGCUGGCAAGACUCGCAACAGCUGUAAAGUAAAUAAAAUUUCGAGUUCGAUUCGCUGAAAAACAUUUCCAUUGAGCUGCAAUUGUUCGAAUCACAGAUUUGUGGACGUCGUUUUGGUGCUCCCUGCAUGGGCGAAGAUGUGUUUCUUUUGAUGCCUACGGAUUCGCAGCUGUUUGCUCUGGUUGUCACGAUCUAGAUAAAGCAGGACUUUCGUCAUACAAUAAUUGACUAUCUAACCUAGUGAUUUUUUUUUAUCAUGGAAGACCAUGAGUGGUUGAUAGAGCUGGAAUCGGCUUUGCUUGACGACUGUACGGUUGAUGAUAUCUACGCGAUAUGUCAGGGCAAAUCGAUUCCCGAAGCGCUUCGGCCAGAUGUGUGGCAAGUCUGCCUGAACGUGAGAAACAGUAUGGAUCAGCUGGCUCAGUUCAACGAGAUCUUUGAUUUGCCGUUUCAAAACCAGCUCCGCCAGGAUUGUCACAGUUUUGUCGAUAAACUGGGAAACGAUGAAGAGGAUAAAGUUGCAGUGGUAGCAGAUUUGGAGUCGAUUCUGACAUUCUACUGUAAGAAUAGAAACCUGGUUUAUGAAUCGAACAAUGGAUGGAUUGAGCUGCUGCUGCCGCUCUUAUCGCUGAAAUUGAUUCGCUCCGAUACUUACAAUCUUUUCGAGGCGAUCCGCGACACUUACAUUCCGAAGGGAGGCUUCAAAAAUGGGAAUGUUUUCCACAUUUUUAGGCUGUUGAUGCAGUACCACGAUCCGGAGCUUUGUUCGAUACUAGACACGAAACGGGUAACUCCGGACACGUACACUCUGAGUUGGUUUCAGACUUUGUUCGCUUCUACAUGUACUCUGGAAGUGACAUUGUCCAUGUGGGAUCUAUACCUGCAACAGUCGGAUCCAUUCUUGGUGUUUUUCUUGGGUCUGAUAGUGUUGAUUAAUGAGAGAGAUCAGAUCAUCGAAAUGAAGAGUGCUUCCAAAGAGGUACUUACCAACUUUCUAGUCCAUAUGCCGUGUAAUAUCGACGCAGAAGAUGUGUUGGACUUUUGCUCGCUGGCGCAGUACUAUUCGAUGAAGACCCCAGCUUCAUUCAAGCGUGAAUUUCUGAAACUGCUCUUCGGAACCCAGAGCAGCAGUCCUUUGGAGAACGUUUUAUCACAAGCGCUUUGUCUACCGAUUUCUGUGGAUGAACUUGUCGAGAAUGCCUCUCUCGAUAGCAGCCACCCGGAUGGAGUAAAAUUCUUCCUAGUUGACUGUCGACCAGCUGAACAGUAUAACGCUGGUCAUCUGUGCACGGCGUUCCACUUGGAUAGCAAUCUAAUGCUUCAGGAACCAGUGGCAUUCCAAACUGCGGUACAGGGUCUUUUGAGGUCCCAAAGGAAUGCGAUCGAAGCAAACUCGAAUGCUGGCGGCGAACACUUAUGUUUCCUUGGUUCUGGUCGGCUGGAGGAGGAUCAGUACACCCACAUGGUUGUGGCAUCAUUUCUACAGAAGAGUACAAAAUUCGUUUCACUGCUCACUGGAGGGUACGAGGCAAUUCACGAAUAUUUUGGAAAUAAUAUGAUCGAUUGCCUGGAAGACCAUGAUCCUUACAAGUGUUUGGUUUGUGCUAAAAAUGAGCUCGAGUAUGGUCCACGCAACAACAACAGCAAUCAUGGAAGUCUAAACCGUGCAGCGAAUCGUCGAAACAACAAUAUUACUGCGCAAGGGCCUGAACGAAAAUCUACCAUUGAUCUGUUCAGCAAGCUAUCAUCGGUGAUGAAAUCAAAAUCUGCCGAGGUUAAAGGAAAACUUAUCGAUUACAUCUCCAACCCGAACCAAUCAGUUCCAGCAGCGGACAGACACGUAUCGAGAAAUGAACGCGUCGGGAAGCGAUAUCGUGACGUUGCUCCAGUAUUCAGUAUUGGCGAAGAUCAGGACGACGAAUGUCUGUCUCCGUUCAGUGAUGCCUCGGUGUCCCAAAAUGCGGCCAACCUGGACAUUUCAGACGAAUUUGUCUCGAUCCAGGAAUAUCUUAAGAAUCCGGACAUAAUUCGUUACUUCAAGUGCCAAGAAGUUCAUCUAAACGGUUACAUGUACGACAGUUACCUGUUGGUCACCCCAUCCCAUAUAAUUGUGCUGCGGGAGCUCGAGCGCAAGGACACCGCUCGGGUCAUCGUUCGUCGCGUGCUGGAAAGUAUUGUUAAGAUAACCGCCAAAAAGCGCCACAGAGAUUUGAUCACCUUCAAGUACGGUUACCCGGAGGAAGACAACCUGGUGGUCACCGACAUGGAUCGAUUCCUCAUCCCUAACGCCAGCGAAGCAACAGCACUGAUAUCAAAGCAUAUCAUGAAGCAAAUCUAAACCUAAGCGCCGGAUUGGGCCCCGAAUUGAUGUAAUCACACCCCUUCCUCCCCCUGUAGAGAAACAGUUCUAGUUACCCGUCCGUAGCUGCGCGGAAGAGCACCAAAUUGUUAUCGCUUGAAGAUCUCCCCGAAGCACAUGCAUUCUCUCGCUCAGCCCUUAGCGAGAAGUUCUCCAACGAAAGUUAAAUAGAAUAUAAAUUCAAUACAAGAGAGCAAGCAAGCAAGCAUUUUAGAAAAAAGAAACCCCUCACUGGGUGUCAAGUUUUAGAUCAAUUGAUAAUAAAUCGUGUGUUUGAAGGUGCAAUCACUCUAGAAAUUA